AUGUCCGGCAAGCUCGACCAAGCUCUCGACGAUAUCACCCAGGCCCAGCGCCGUAGCGCUCGCCGCCGACCCAACCAGCGCCGUGGUGCCGGACGCCCUGCUGCGGCUGCACCCGUUGGUGGUAUCCAGAAGAGCACCAAGCCCGCACGCGGUGCCGGCGCAAAGCCUGCCCCAGCCAAGGCUACUCCUACCAACAGUGAUAGCAAGAUCAUUGUGAGCAAUCUGCCUAAGGACGUCUCGGAGCAGCAGAUUAAGGAGUACUUCAUCCAAUCCGUUGGUCCCAUCAAGCGAGUCGAGCUCUCCUACGGCCCUAACUCUCAAAGCCGCGGUAUCGCAAACGUGACCUUUCAUAAGUCGGAUGGCGCUAGCAAGGCCUUCCAGAAACUGAAUGGCCUUCUUGUCGACAACCGACCUAUCAAGAUCGAGAUCGUUGUCGGAGCUGCCCAGGCUGACAAGGUCAUUCCUACCGUCAAGACGCUUGCCGAGCGCACGACCCAACCUAAGGCCCAACCCAAGUCCGCUGCUGCUGACAAGCACAACGCCGGUGCCGCCAAGGGUGCCGCUGCCAAGGGAGCUGCUGGCAAGAAGCGCCGUGGUCGCAACAGCCGUCCCGCGAAGAAGACCCAGGAGGAACUCGACUCGGAGAUGGCUGACUACUUUGACGCCUCGGCCGCCCCUGAGGCCAGCAACACUGCUGCUGCGCCUGCACCCGCACCAGCUGCUACCGGUGAUGCUGACAUGGAUGAGAUCGCUGUAUGUAAUCUUAUUCUUGAUCUGUACGGUUGA